UAUCUCUACUCGCGACCACGGCUGUAGCUGACGCUUUGUGUCACAGUGUAAUCCGUGGUCCUGAGGGAAAGGGCGGUCUUUAUUUGGGGUUUUAUCUUGUCGUCCUGGGUGAUUUAACGGUAUUUUCCGAAAUGGAGGACAGUAAAGAAACAUUUUCAGUGAGAGAAGAGAGAAAGAAGAACCGACAAACAGAUCAAUGCCGUUACACAGCUGCUGACCUUGAAGUUCUUGAGAGCCCAGACAGUGACAUUGGCUUCUGUGGCUGGUGUUUGGUGCUAUUCUCGAUCCUCUUGACCAUCCUCACUCUUCCUGUCUCCAUAUGGAUGUGCAUUAAGAUAGUGAAGGAGUAUGAACGGGCUAUAAUCUUUCGCCUGGGCCGUAUUUUGCGAGGAGGAGCCAAAGGACCAGGUCUUUUCUUUAUACUGCCUUGUACGGACAGCUUCAUCAACGUGGACAUGCGUACCAUUACUUUCGACAUCCCCCCUCAGGAGGUGCUCACUAAAGACUCUGUGACCGUGAGUGUGGACGGCGUGGUGUAUUACCGCGUGCAGAACGCCACCCUGGCCGUAGCCAACAUCACCAAUGCAGAUGCUGCCACUCGCCUCCUGGCACAAACUACUCUCAGGAACGUUCUGGGCACCAAGAACCUAGCAGAGAUCCUGUCUGAUCGCGAAGAGAUUGCCCACAGUAUGCAGUCCACUCUGGAUGACGCGACUGAUGACUGGGGCAUCAAGGUGGAGCGGGUGGAGAUUAAAGAUGUUAAACUGCCCCUACAGCUCCAGAGAGCUAUGGCUGCUGAGGCCGAGGCUACAAGGGAGGCCAGAGCUAAAGUGAUUGCCGCUGAGGGAGAGAUGAACGCUUCUCGAGCACUGAAGGAAGCCUCUCUGGUGAUCGCCGAGUCUCCAUCUGCGCUGCAGUUGCGUUACUUGCAGACCCUCAACACCAUUGCCGCCGAGAAAAACUCCACCAUCAUCUUCCCCCUGCCGAUUGAUAUGCUGCAGUCAUUAAUGAAGCGCUGAGUACACUGAGUGUGUGUGUACACAUCACACACACACACACACACACACACACACACUCUGACACAAACACAUAGUUAUACAUUUUAAAUGGAAUGCAGGUAAAUACUGAUAAGUUGCACUUAAAGAAUCUAACACACACACACACACACUCUCUUUCUGUACUGCUGUGAUAUUUUUAUCACUGUAAGUCAGUGGUAGUCUGACAGAAGCAUCACUGAUGACAGUGUUUCUAUUAGGGCUGGGUGAUAUGACAAAAAUAUCAUAUCAUGAUACACGGAGACAUUUUGUCAAUGUAUCAAACUGCAAGGAAAACAGUAGUAUUGCAUUUUAAAAUAUACCUUUAAAUAAUUAGUUCAUGACACUUUUAUUUAAUCUCUAGACAAAAUAAGAAAUACAUAAAAAUAAAUAAAAGAAAGCUGAUAAAAUAAUACAUAAAUAUUAUCUAAAUAUAAACUCAGCAAAAAAACCCGAAAUGACCCUUUUUUUUUUUUUUUACAGAAGAUAAUUUUGUAAAAUCCAAAUAAGAUUUACAGAUCUUUAUUGGAAAGGGUUUAAACAAUGUUUUUCAUGCUUGUUGAAUGAACCAUAAACAAUUAUUGCACAUGCACCUGUGGAACAGUCCUUAAGACACGGACAGUUUACAGGCGGUAGGCGAUUAAGGUCACAGUUACAAUAACUUAGGACAAUAAAGAGACCUUUCUACUGACUCUGAAAAACACCAGAAGAAAGAUGUCUAGGGUUCCUGCUCACCUGCGUGAACAUGCUUUAGGCCUGCUGCAGGGAGGCAUGAGGACUGCAGAUGUGGCCAGAGCAAUAAACUGCAAUGUCUGUAAUGUAAAACGCCUAAGACAGUGCUACAGGGAGACAGGAAGGACAGCUGAUCAUCCUUGCAGUGGAAAAUUACAUGUAACCAUGUGUCCCCCCAGACGUGAUCGAGAACUUGGUGGAAGAGUGAGGGAACAUCUCACAGCAAGAACUGACAAAUCUGGUGCAGUCCAUGAGGAUGAGAUGCCCUGUAGUACUUAAAGCAGCUGGAGGCCACCAGAUACUGACUGUUACUUUUGAUAACGACCCCCCCCCCCCCCCCUUCAGGGACUCGUUAUUCCAUUUCUGUGACUCAUAUGUCUAUGAAACUUGUUCAAUUUAUGUCUCAGCUGUUGAACGUUUUUAUGUUAAUACAAAAAUGUACACGUUAAGAAUUUUGCUAGAAAUAAAAGCGGUUGAAUUUGAGAGGACGUUUCUUUUUUUGCUGCGUAUAUAUUUAAAAAAAAACCCAAAAAAACACUGAAAUCUGUAAGACUUAAAGACUUGAUUUGACAUCAGAUCUUCGAUUUAUCACGAUAUUGAUAUUAUACCAUGUAACCCAGCCCUAAUUUCUCUGUGCCUAUUACUUUCUCUGACAGAGCUGCUAUAACAGCCAUAUCAAUACUUAUAAAGCCUUAAUAAUAAAUGUUAAUCAUACAUCAUCUGCUGUUUUUUAUUUUUUAAGGUUUCCUAAUAUCUCGAGUAUUUUCUUACAUAUUUUUUUUAAACAUAAGAAAAUUGCAAAUGUAAUAUUGUAAGUAUCUUUGGCUAAAGGUUUGCCAUAUUGAGCUUAUUAAGAGGAAUAAGUAGUGAUUAAAAGCUCAGAUAGGCGGGAGUGUAUAUUCAUGCUGAGUUUGAGUUUGUUCACCCUAUCCUCGGAAGAGCAUAAGGUUGAAUCUUAAUGACGCCAUCUGUGGCCGGGAGCCAAAAUUGUCCGUUCCCUGUCACUCACAGCGACACUGGCCAAUCAUGGGUGCCUCUGAGCUCGUGUAUGUGGACGAGAGCAGAUAGUGGUUUCUUCCAAGCGUGUUAUCUGUACUGUGAUGCUGCAUGAGUAAUAAUUUGCUAAAAAACACCAUUGGCUGGCUUCACAUCUAGGAGGAAGCCAGCCUCUAGGAACCUUUAUUCUCCCCAGCUGGUAGCUGCCGUUUGAUAGGGGAGAGCUGGUGGUGGGAAUUGGCAGGUGACCAAAUUGGGGAGAAAAAUGGAGUAUAACAUAACAAAAAAAAAAAAAAUGAAUUUAAUAUCACAUUGAGUUACAAAACUCUAUUUUGCAGUGUGUUUAUUUGCUAAAGAUUUUGACAUCACUUUGUACCCUACUUUUGUGUAUUUUGUUUUGUUUCCUGAACCAGCAAGGAAUAUUGGUUCAGCUAUUCAAAGUGUAUCUUGUGUAUGUUGCUGCCGUUUUGUAUUCCGUCUCUCUUCUUGUUUCAGAGAAAAUCAGUGAUGUGCCAUAAUUAUUGACCAGUGUCUUUUUGUUUAGAUAUGUCUCCCCAAUAUGUCUCCAUUCGUACUCAUUGACACCGGUUCUGCUCUGGUAUUGUAUUGUGUACUUAACCUUAAAUGCAUGUGAAUAUAAAUAUACAGAAAUUAUUUA